CUCUCUCUCUCUCUAUCCUAUCCUCGCCCUCGCGAUCGCUCUUCGUCUCUCGUUCGUCCUCUACAUCUACCCUUUCCCACUCUCCGCCUCCUCUACGAUUCUCCGUAGCCAUCGCCAUAAUCCGAUCCAAUACUCUCUUCAAUCGGAAGAAUCCUCCCUCUAUCCGAAGUUCCCGCAGCGGCGGCGAGAUCUGGGAGCGGCGCCGCCAUGUCGAAGGCUAGGGUUUACGCGGACGUUAACGUGCAGAGAUCCAAGGAGUACUGGGACUACGAGUCCCUCACCGUCCAAUGGGGUGAUCAGGAUGAUUAUGAGGUUGUACGGAAAGUGGGCAGAGGAAAAUACAGCGAAGUCUUUGAAGGCAUAAAUAUAACAAAUAAGGAACGUUGCAUCAUCAAAAUCCUGAAGCCUGUUAAGAAGAAAAAGAUAAAGAGGGAGAUAAAAAUACUUCAGAACCUUUGUGGUGGUCCAAAUAUUGUGAAGCUUUUUGAUAUUGUUAGAGAUCAGAAUUCAAAAACACCUAGCUUGAUAUUUGAGUACGUGAACAGCACAGAUUUCAAAGUUUUGUACCCAACACUGACAGAUUAUGAUAUACGCUACUACAUGUAUGAACUUCUCAAGGCACUAGAUUACUGCCAUUCCCAAGGAAUUAUGCACCGAGAUGUCAAGCCUCAUAAUGUUAUGAUUGAUCAUGAACUCCGCAAGCUUCGCUUAAUAGAUUGGGGACUUGCUGAGUUCUACCAUCCAGGCAAAGAGUACAAUGUUAGAGUAGCUUCAAGAUACUUCAAGGGGCCUGAACUCCUUGUUGACUUGCAAGAUUAUGACUACUCUUUGGACAUGUGGAGUCUUGGUUGCAUGUUUGCUGGAAUGAUAUUUCGCAAGGAGCCAUUCUUCUAUGGCCAUGACAAUCAUGAUCAACUUGUUAAAAUUGCCAAGGUGCUUGGUACAGAUGAGCUUAAUGCUUAUUUAAACAAAUACCGUCUAGAGCUUGAUCCCCAGCUUGAAGCUCUUGUUGGAAGACACAGCAGGAAGCCUUGGUCAAAGUUUGUUAAUGCAGAAAAUCAGCAUCUUGUUUCUCCGGAGGCAAUAGAUUUUCUUGAUAGGCUUCUCCGCUAUGAUCAUCAGGAUAGGCUCACAGCACGAGAAGCUAUGGCACAUCCAUAUUUCCAACAAGUAAGAGCAGCGGAGAGCAGCAGAAUGCGUCCCUAGUAGUUCGACAUACAGAAAGGCUGUGUUCUCUGUGGGAAUAGAUGGAAACUAAGAUGAUAUGAGUAGGUCAUGCACUUUCGUGGGUCGGUUAGAAAAAUUACUGGGGUAGCUCAUCAAAAAUAGGAAGUGCUAAAUCUGUUGGAAGUGUAUUUUAUCUUUUGAUGUUAAUUUAUUAGGCUAGAGCAGUAGGGGAGACUCCCUCAGUUUCUCUCGCCUGUUAUUAUUAUUAGGGAAAACUUUAAAUACCUCCCCUGUGGUUUUCCACUUUC